GGCGUCGAUGUCGAUUCUGAUGCGAUAGACAGCUGAUCAUGGCAGGCAGCAAUGGCGCACCUCGCGCUCAGCCUUUGACCAACUUCUUUGGUAGCACAAAGUCGUCGACGCCAGCGAGAAAGACAAAGUCUGCGUCGAGUUCUGGCUUGUUGCCCGCACAGUUCUACCGAGCACCAGAUCCACCUAAACCUGCCAAGCCGGGUACAAGCAUGUCAACAGCGGUCAAAGCGCCCAAGAUGGUAGCCAAGCCUGCUUCUUCCGAGAAGAAACGACAGGAAUACGUCGAGCAAUAUCCUACAAAGGCCCUCAUGGUCCUACCGACUGGUAAAAUCGUCGAACAGCCCAACCGACCCGAGCCUCCCUCGUUCAAAUCCGAAAUGGAGCUUGGAAAUCUAGUCAGGAGAGAGUUGACGCCUCAGGCAGAAGCGGCGGAAGUGCUCAAAACGCUAGGGAAAGUCAAUAACCCGGUCACGCAUAGCGAUGUCUACUCUCGCACGAUCCACAUCGUCUCUUGCACGACGGGUCAUCAGAUGCAGAAUGGUCCUGGUGGGGGUAGUGUGCCCGGCUGGAACAAGGCGAGAGCGAUCAAGAUCAAACAGCAAGCCGACGAGCGCAUCAACGAUAUCUUUGCAAGAGUAUCUGUCUACUUCAAUGGCUACACGGGUGAAGAUCUUAGCAAUCAACAGCUCAAGCGCCUGCUCGAGCAAGGCGGUGGCAGAUGGUCCUUUGCGUUCGGCAAGAGACAUAUCACCCACGUCGUCACUGCGACCGGUCUGUCGGGUUCUAAAGCGGACAAAGAACUCAACGCGCGCAAGAGCUCGACUUAUAUCGUCAGACCCGAGUGGAUCGUCGAUUCUGUCGCUGCUGGUCGAAGGUUGCCAGAGUCGAUGUUCGGCGUGCUAGAACGAGAUUCGCAGGCAAAGAUUAAUACGGUGUUCGAAAGCAGAGGGCCUGCAAAGACUUCCACACUCGAAUUUGAUCGCAUCAAGCUGGACAGAGAACGGACGAGAUCGCUUACGCCUGCUCUACCUCUAGCAACUCAGACGAUUGUCCUGGACAGCGACGAGGACGAGCCGGGCAUGAUGCCGCCAAGCGGGCAGAGGCAGCGGUGAUGAUUGUGCAGAGAGCUUCUCAGUGAUCUGUUGUUGCUUGCUGUUGUAGUCUGUAAGAUAUUGUACCAACAAAGACUGCAAAUCACAUGACAAC